UACUCGUCUCACUUCCCCAUUCAGGCCCUCCUCUCCCUUUCGUUUCGACCGCGACCUCCUCCGAAUCCACCGGCCGGCGGCGACCUCCUCUUCCUCCGCCCCUUCCCCCGGCGACCCUAACUUCCUCGGCUAAUAUGGAUUCAGAGCCCUCAUCGCAGAACCCAACAGACAUGACUGCAUUUGUGCAAAACCUCCUCGGUCAGAUGCAAACAAGGUUUGAGUCUAUGUCCCAGAACAUCGUGUCAAAGAUAGAUGAAAUGGGAACCAAGAUCGACGAGCUGGAGCAGAGCGUGAACGAUCUCAAAGCUGAGAUGGGCACCACCGACAUACCUGUCAAGAAGCCCGAUGAGGCAAAGCCUGCCGACUCCGCAUAACUCAUGUGUAGGCAAGAGAUUGGGUAGUAAAGAUAUGGUGGCUAUAUGACAGAAGUUUACAGCAUUCAUGUGUAUCUGAUGAUGUAUUCCCAUGGACCAUAGCUCUUGUACUACCGUGUGUGCUACCUAUUGCUGCCGCUGGAGCUUCAGCUCUCCAGAGCCCAGACGCCGUUAUUAGUUGAUAGGUUGUUUCCCUAUGAUCAUUCUCGUACUUGUUGGUUUGCCUGUUCAAAGCUGUUGCUGCAAGAGCCAGACGAUGCCUCAGACAAUUUUUAUGGCAGUGGGCCUAUUGGGUUGUUCCCCUAUGCAAUUUUUGUGUGACACACUGC